GAUGGCGUCGAGCGGAGGAGAUGGGGAACACGAAUGGACAGCGGCGGUGCGGCCGCUUUUAUCAGCUUCCUACACUGCAUUUGAAACGAAAGAGCUACCUCAGCUUAUCGGCUCUAUAAUCAACAGUGAAUCAGACAUUCUUCACCACGACAAACAGUAUGAGCCUUUCUACUCGUCGUUCGUGGCGCUCUCUGCGCAUUACAUCACCACAGUAUGCGGACAAAUACCAAGAAAUCAGUUGCUGUCGGUUGCUGCAGCAUGCAAAGUAUUGAUUGAAUUCUCUUUGCUGCGCCUGGAAAACCCUGAUGAGGCAUGUGCAGUGUCACAGAAACACCUGAUCCUUCUAAUAAAAGGACUUUGCACUGGCUGCAGCAGACUAGAUCGCACAGAAAUCAUAACUUUCACAGCUAUGAUGAAGUCUGCCAAGUUGCCUCAAACCGUCAAAACCCUUUCAGAUGUUGAAGAUCAGAAGGAAUUGCCCAGUGCUGUAAACCCAGAGCUUCGACAAAAAGAAGUUCAGAUGAACUUCUUUAAUCAACUGACUUCAGUUUUUAACCCUGACCUUACCACCAUCUUGGCCUCCCCAUCAGCAGCACACAUGCAGGCUGAGAGCGAUUGCGACGACCAAACCACAGAUCAAGCCAUUCAGGCCAAAAUGAAAAAUGCCUUUGUCUCUCAGAAUGUGUCAAGCUUACAGGAACUUGGUGGGUCGGAGAAGUUGCUACGAGUGUGCCUCAACCUGCCAUACUUUCUACGCUACAUCAACAGAUUCCAGGAUGCUGUAUCAGCCAACUCCUUCUUUAUCAUGCCUGCCACAGUGGCUGAUGCCACUGCUGUCCGCAAUGGAUUUCACUCACUGGUGAUUGAUGUAACGAUGGCUCUGGACACACUCUCCCUGCCGGUAUUGGAGCCCCUGACACCAGGAAGACUACUGGACAUGACCGUGCUGGCUUUGAGCUGUCUGUAUGCUGGUGUGAGUGUGGCCACUUGCAUGGCCAUCCUGCAGGUGGGGAGCGGCUUACAGCUUCGCUCUGCUUCCACGGGGACAAAAGAGGAAGACUACGAAAAUGACGCCGCUACAAUUGUCCAGAAAUGUCUUGAGAUCUAUGAGAUGAUUGGACAAGCCAUCAGCAACUCUCGAAGAGCUGGAGGAGAGCAUUACCAGAACUUCCAGCUGCUGGGAGCCUGGUGCCUCUUGAACAGCCUGUACCUGAUACUGAACCUGAGCCCGACCGCCCUCGCAGACAAAGGCAAAGAGAAGGAUCCCUUGGCUGCACUGCGUGUCCGGGAUAUUGCAGCACGUACCAAGGAUGGCGCAGGAUCGCCUAAACUUGGUCCUGGCAAAGGACACCAAGGGUUUGGAGUGUUAUCUGUUAUCCUGGCCAACCAUGCCAUCAAACUUCUGACUUCGCUGUUCCAGGAUCUGCAAGUUGAAGCUCUGCACAGGAGUUGGGCGAGUGAUGGACCGCCGGCAGAGCUCAACAUCAUGGCACAGAGUACUUCCAUCCAGAGAGUCCAGAGACUCAUCGACUCCGUGCCCCUGACCAACCUACUCUUCACACUUCUCUCCACUUCUUACAAGAAGGCUUGUGUUCUCCAGCGCCAGAGGAAAGGCUCAGUCAGCAGUGAUGCCAGUGCUUCUACAGAUUCAAACACCUACUAUGAGGAUGACUUCAGCAGCACAGAGGAGGACAGCAGCCAAGCAGAGAGAAGACAGGAGAAGACAAGUGCAGCUUGUGUCUCAGACGAUGACAGUGAGCCCAUCCUGGGGCUUUGGUUUGAGGAGACAAUUUCGCCAACCAAAGACAAAGUAGCUCCUCCACCCCCUCCCCCACCACCACCCCUAGAGACCGUUCCCCGACUGAAGAGCCCCAGCAAGCAAAAUCCCAGCGAGAACGGCAACAUUUUAGCAGGCCGAAAAGAUCCAGAGCUGUUUCUCAGUUUAGCUUCAAGCAUUCUGAACUUUAUCACCACCUCAAUGCUGAAGUCCCGGAACAACUUCAUCCGCAACUACCUGAGCGUGUCUCUCACCGAGCAACACAUGGCCACGCUGGCCAGCAUCAUCAAAGACGUGGACAAGGAUGUCAAAGGCUCCUCAGAUGAAGUGUUUUCCUUGGCUCUGUAUCACUUCAACCACACCCUAGUAACCUCAGAUCUUCCAUCCCCGGCCUUGCAGAGCACCCUUCUUCAGCAGCUGGGUGUUGCUCCGUUCUCAGAGGGGCCCUGGCCGCUCUACAUCCACCCCCAAUCAUUAUCGGUCCUCUCCAGACUUCUCCUCAUAUGGCAGCACAAAGCGAGUGUGCAAGGGGAACCAGAUGUGCCUGAGUGUAUGAAAGUCUGGGAAAGAUUUUUGGGGACUUUGAAGCAGCACACAAUCCAGGGUUCUAUGCACGGAGAAGACGAUCUUAACGUGGAACACCUCCAGCUCCUGCUGCUGCUUUUCCACAAUCUGUCGGAGCGUGGUCGUCGCUCAGUCCUCACCAUGGUCACUCAGGCCAUCACUGAAGUGGCCCAGAGCAGAGAGUCUCAGCUGAAGGCUGUGCCUCUAAACCUUGCCCGCCUGCUGCUGGUCUUUGACUACCUGCUGCGCCACUACUCGAAGGCCCCGCUAUAUCUGUUUGAACAGGUGCAGUACAACCUCCUCACUCCACCAUCCACCGGACCAGGCUCUGUUCAGGAGGGAGGCAAACGCAGCAGCCUGCCGUUGUACUACGGAUUCAAAGAAGUGGAGGAGAAUUGGGCAAAACACUGUUCAGGAGAUUCAAAUACUCAGCCAAAAUUCUACUGCGUUCUGUCCCCUGAAGCAUCUGAGGACGAUAUCAGCAGACUAGACAGCAAGGUUUUUCCAAAGCUGUUCAAUGGAGCGGUGAAAUAUGAUGAACUGUAUGCGUGGCUCAUCUCCCUGCUGGCAGCCGGCUCUCAGUUUGAUACAGCGAGAAGACAGGAGAGCAAACCCACCACACCAAUGGAGGCCUGCUCCCUGCAGUACUACUUCCUGGUCCUCUGGAGGAUUCUAGGUGUCCUACCUCCCUCUAAAACCUUCAUGGAGCAGUUGAAGACAGGCUGCAGUGACCCCAGUGAGAGUGACAUCCUGCACACACUCAGAUGGUCGUCGCGUCUGCGUGUAUCUACGUAUGUGAACUGGAUCAAGGAACAUCUAGUGAAACAGGGAAUGAAAGCGGACCAGGCAGCCUCUCUGGUUGAGACGACAGUUGCUAAGUGCAGCACUGUUAAGUAUGAUGUCGAGCUGGCGGAGGAAUACAUUGCCAGACAGAUUUCCACCUUCUCGAGUGUGGAUCCAAACGUCAUCUUGCCCCUUCAUCAGUUGCCCUCUCUGCAAGCCAUCUAUACUCUGGAUGCCGUCAUCUCCAAAGUGCAGGUUUCCUUAGAUGAGCACCUGUCGAAGGUUGCCAUCGAGGCAGACACCCACAAGUCGGCUGAAAUCACGAAGAACCUGCUGCCUGCUACACUGCAGCUCACUGACAUUUACACAGCAUUCACAAGAUCUUACCUACUGAUGAACAUCCCAGAGGAGGGCGAGAACAAGCUGACCGACGCAAAACUCCAAGGUUAUGCUGCAGUUCUCUCAAUCGGCUCCACUCGCUGCAAAGCCAACAUGCUAGGACAUAGUAUCAUGCAGAACCUGCCGUCGGCUGUGCAGACUAUAUGUGAGACUUGGAACAGCGUUCACACCAAUGAAUUCCCCAACAUCGGCUCAUGGCGAAACGCGUUUGCCAAUGAUACCAUACCAUCAGAGAGCUACAUCAGUGCCAUACAAGCAGCUCAUCUGGGCACACUGAGCUGCCAGUCUUUGCCCCUGGCCUCCUCCCUGAAACACAUCCUUCUUUCAUUGGUUCGUCUCACUGGAGACCUCAUUGUUACAGAGGAGCUGAAUCCCUCCCAGGUUGUGAGCACUCUGUUGCCCCUCCUCCUGGAGAGCAGCACUGAGUGUGUCGCUGAGAUCAGCAGCACCUCGCUGGAGCGCAUCCUCGGCCCGUCGGAGUCGGACGCCUUCCUCGCCCGCAUCUACGAGCGUUUGGUGACGGGCUGUUACAACAUCAUUGCCAACCACUCGGACCCCAACAGUGGCUUGGAUGAGUCUGUACUCGAGGAAUGCCUUCAGUACCUUGAAAAGCAGCUUGAAAGCAGUCAGGUCCGGAAGGCAAUGGAGGAGUUCUUUUCUUUCAGUGGCGAGCUCGUCCAGAUCAUGAUGGCAACAGCCAAUGAAAACCUGUCUGCAAAGUUCUGCAACAGAGUUCUCAAGUUCUUCACCAAGCUCUUCCAGCUCACUGAGAAAAGCCCAAAUCCGAGCCUGCUCUGCCUGUGUGGCUCUCUGGCUCAGCUGGCCUGCGUGGAGCCGUCUCGUCUGCAGUCGUGGCUGACGCGGAUGACGGCCACGCCGCCAAAGGACUCGGAGCAGCUGGAAAUAGUUCAGGAAAACCGGCAGCUCCUGCAGCUGCUCACCACUCACAUUGUGCGUGACAAUAGCCAGGUUGGAGAAGGAGUUUGCACAGUCCUGCUCAGCACACUGAUUCCCAUGGCGACAGACAUGCUGACCAACGGCGAUGGAACUGGCUUUCCUGAGCUCAUGGUCAUUAUGGCCACACUUGCCAGCGCUGGCCAGGGGGCUGGACAUCUGCAGCUGCACAGGGCAGCGAUUGACUGGCUGACCAGAUGUAAGAAGUACCUAACACAAAAGAACGUUGUGGAAAAAGUGAGCACAAAUUUGUCCCAGGGAAAGCAUGCCAGCAUGCUGGAAUGCUCGUGCCACAUCAUCUCCUAUCUGGCUGAUGUGAUGAACGCCUUGAGGCAAAGCAGCGGCCAGGGCACUUCAGCGCUGCUGAUGGAGGGAGAAGAGAAGGCCAUGGAGGUCGACUCGGACUGGGUGGAGGAGCUUGCAGUGGAAGAGGAUGACUCCCAGGCAGAGGACUCGGAUGAAGACUCUCUCUGUAACAAACUGUGCACUUUCACCAUUACUCAGAAGGAAUUCAUGAAUCAGCACUGGUACCACUGUCACACCUGUAAGAUGGUGGAUGGGGUAGGUGUGUGCACAGUGUGCGCCAAGGUCUGUCACAAAGACCAUGAGAUCUCCUAUGCCAAAUAUGGCUCUUUCUUCUGUGACUGCGGUGCCAAAGAGGAUGGCAGCUGCCAGGUGAGACCGAAUACCUCAGGUCAUCAUGGGAAGAGAACAACAGCGGCUUUGGUCAAGCGCAGCCCCAGCAGCGGCAUGGGCUCCACGCUCAAAGAGUCGUCUGCGUUCCAGAGCGAGCUGCGCAUGCCCGAGAGCGCGAUCCGCCACCAGAACGCCUCGCCCUCCGACAAGGGCAAAGUCACCAUCUGUGAUGGCAAACCUGGCGAUGAAGACAGGCCCAAGAAGAGCAGUGUGUGUAAGAGUAUUGAAGGCUGCCAGGAAGAGUUGUUAACUCAAGUGAUGGGGUCAUCCACUGCCGCUGUCAUACUGGAGAUGCUCAUGUUUCUCAUGGAAGCCAUCCAGACCAACUUCCAGCAGGCGUCGGCGGUGGGAAGCAGCAGCCGGGCUCAGCAGGCCCUCAACGAGCUGCACACUCAGGACAAGAAUGUGGAGAUGACAGACCAGCUCAUGGUACCGACCCUUGGUUCUCAAGAGGGGGCUUUUGAGAACGUGAGAAUGAACUACAGUGGUGACCAGGGGCAAACUAUACGCCAGCUCAUCAGUGCACAUGUCCUGCGGCGAGUCGCCAUGUGUGUCCUGUCGUCCCCUCAUGGUCGCCGUCAGCACCUCGCAGUGAGCCAUGAAAAGGGCAAAAUCACAGUCCUGCAGCUGUCCACCCUCCUGAAGCAAGCCGACUCCAGCAAAAGAAAGCUCACCCUGACCCGUCUGGCCUCCGCCCCAGUCCCCUUCACCGUGCUCAGUCUCACAGGCAACCCUUGCAAUGAAGAUUACCUGGCAGUGUGUGGCCUAAAGGAUUGCCAUGUCCUGACCUUCAGCAGCACCGGCUCUGUGUCAGAUCAUCUGGUGUUGCACCCGCAACUGGCCACAGGCAACUUCAUUAUCAAAGCCAUCUGGCUACCAGGCUCACAGACGGAACUGGCCAUCAUCACUGCCGACUUCGUUAAGGUCUACGACUUGUCGGUCGAUGCCCUGAGUCCCAUGUACUACUUCCUGCUGCCGAGCUCAAAAAUCCGUGAUGCUACAUUCCUGUUUAAUGAAGAGGGGAAGAACAUCAUCGCCAUCAUGUCGUCAGCGGGCUACAUGUACACCCAGGUCAUGGAUGAGUCCAGCAGCGCUCAACACGGUCCGUUCUAUGUCACAAAUGUCCUGGAAAUCAUCCAUGAAGAUCUGAAGGAUAGCAGUGGGCAGGUAGCAGGCGGAGGAGUGUCUGUCUAUUACUCCCACGUCCUUCAGAUGCUUUUCUUCAGCUACAGCCAAGGAAAGUCCUUUGCUGCCACAGUGAGCCGCAGCACGACCGAGGUGCAGAGACUUUUCCCCAUCAACAUCAAGGGUUCCAAUGGAGGCAGCAGUAAGAUGUCCCCCGCUCUGUGCCAGUGGUCUGAGGUCAUGAACCACCCAGGCUUGGUUUGCUGUGUGCAACAGACAACUGGGAUACCGCUGGUUAUUAUGGUCAAGCCUGACACGCUGCUCAUCCAAGAGAUCAAAACUCUUCCAGCAAAGGCGAAGAUUCAAGACAUGGUAGCCAUUCGACACACUGCCAGCAAUGAGCAGCAGAGAACCACCAUGAUUCUGCUGUGUGAGGAUGGAAGCCUCCGUAUCUACAUGGCAAAUGUAGACAACACCUCGUACUGGCUCCAGCCCUCGCUGCAGCCCAGCUGCGGCAUCAGCAUCAUGAAGCCGGUCCGCAAACGAAAAGCGGCCGCUGCCACUACCCGGACCUCCAGUCAGGUGACCUUCCCAGUGGACUUCUUCGAACACAACCAGCAGCUGACAGAGGUGGAGUUUGGCGGUAAUGACUUACUGCAGGUCUACAAUGGACAGCAGAUUAAACACAGGCUCAACUCUACGGGGAUGUAUGUCGCCAACACCAAGCCCGGGGGAUUCACAGUGGAAGCAGUGAACAACAACACCUCAAUGGUGAUGACUGGCAUGCGGGUGCAGGUGGGCACUCAGGCCAUCGAGAGGGCUCCUUCCUAUGUGGAAGUCCUGGGCCGCACCAUGCAGAUAAACCUGACGAGAGCCCGUUGGUUCGAUUUCCCCUUCACCAGAGAAGAGGCUUUGCAGGCUGACAAGAAGUUGUCCAUAUUUAUUGGAGCGUCUGCAGACCCGGCUGGAGUCACGAUGCUCGACUCCAUCAAGAUCUACGGUAAAACUAAAGAGCAGUUCGGCUGGCCGGAGGAUCCACCAGAGGACUUUUCCUCUGCCUCAGUGAACAAUGUCUGCAGUCCCAGCCUCAACCAGGGCAACGGCACCUCCGACGGAGACAUAGCCACCCCAACCACAACCGGCGGCACUGUGCUAGAGAGUUGUGAAACUGAGUCCUUGUCAACAUUGGACCGGUUGGUGGUCAGCUCUCUUGAGGCUUUGGAAAGCUGCUUUGCUGUUGGUUCAUCUGGUGAGAAGGAGAAAAACAAAGCUGCAGCCCUGGAGUUGGCCACGUUACUGCUGUCAAUGCCGACACCUGCUGGUGUCCAGCAGCAGACCAAAGGACUUCUUGCUAGUCUGCACACCAGCCGGACUGCCUACCACAACCACAAGGACCAGUCCUUGCUGAGUAAUGCAGUGCAGUGUCUGAAUAGCUGCAGCCGUGAGGGCAAGGAGCUUGACCCCGACGUCUUCCAGAGGCUUGUGAUCACUGCCCGCUCCAUUGCCAUCAUGAGACCCAACAACCUGGUGCAUUUCACAGAAACAAAAUUAAUGCACCAUGAUUCUGACAUGACAGAAGAUGGUCAAAAACAUGUGGAUGGUGAAAAUAGUAAUUUCAUAGCGCAGCUGAUGAAUAACUUCUGGAAGCUCCACGCUUUGAAACCAAAGAAUGCCUUUCUUGCUCCUGCUUGCCUGCCUGGCCUAACCCAUGUGGAAGCAACAGUAAAUGCCUUGGUUGACAUCAUCCAUGCGUAUUGCACAUGUGAACUGGAUUACAUCAAUGUUGCCUCCAAGAUCUACAUGCAAAUGCUCCUGUGCCCUGACACUGCUGUGAGCUUUGCUUGUAAGCAGGCUCUGAUCAGAGUUCUUCGACCAAGAAACAAGCGGCGUCAUGUGACCCUGCCCUCUCCUCCACGCUCCAACACCCCUAUGGGCGACAAGGAUGAUGACGACGACGAUGAUGCAGAUGAUAAAAUCCAGUCAUCAGUGCUGACUGGAGGAGAAGAAGGUCGGCAGGAAAGUCAGGAGCAGAAUGAAGUGGACCACGGCGACUUUGAGAUGGUGUCGGAGUCUAUGGUCCUGGAAACAGCAGAGAAUGUUAACAAUGGAAAUCCAUCUCCACUGGAGGCUCUGCUGGCUGGAGCUGAAGGUUUCCCUCCAAUGCUGGACAUCCCUCCUGAUGCAGACGAUGAAACGAUGGUAGAACUUGCCAUCGCUCUCAGUCUCCAGCAGGACCAGCAAGGGAGCAGCAGCAGUGCUCUGGGCCUUCAGAGCCUCGGUCUCUCUGGCCAGGCACCAAGCUCCUCUUCACUUGACGCUGGCACUCUGUCAGACACCACUGCAUCAGCUGUUGCUAUGAUUUCAGCCCCGGCGUCAGAUGAUGAGGGCAGCACAGCUGCUACUGAUGGCUCCACUUUGCGAACCUCCCCAGCUGAGCAUGGAGGCAGUGUAGGCUCAGAGAGUGGAGGCUCUGCUAUCGACUCUGUGGCAGGGGAGCACAGUGUGUCAGGACGCAGCAGUGCAUAUGGAGACACCACAGUGGAGGGCCACCCUGCCGGGCCCGGCAGCGUCAGUUCCAGCACUGGAGCCAUCAGCACCACCACAGCUCAGCAGGAAGGCGAAGGCUCAGAAGGGGAAGGGGAGACUGAAGGAGACAUCCACACAAGCAACAGGUUGCACAUGGUGCGUCUCAUGCUACUGGAGCGUUUGCUUCAGCACCUCUCUCAGCUGCACAAUGUAGGAGGAGUCCAGGCAAUCCCGUACAUGCAAGUCAUCCUGAUGCUGACGUCUGACCUGGAUGGUGAGGAUGAGAAGGAUAAGGGUGCCUUGGACGACCUGCUGGCACAGCUCAUUGCGGAACUCGGCAUGCACAAGAAGGAUGUUUCAAAGAAGAAUGAACGCAGUUCCAUCAAUGAAGUUCACCUCGUCAUCAUGCGGCUUCUGAGUGUCUUCAUGUCUCGAACUAAAUCUGGAUCCAAAUCCUCGUCUGAGUCGUCCUCCCUGAUUUCCAACGCCACAGCCACUGCUCUGCUCAGCCUGGGUGCCAUUGAAUACUGUCUUCAUGUGCUCAAGUCCCUCCUCGAGUUCUGGAAGAACCAGCAGGGUGAAGAGGAGCCUGUGACCACCAGCCAGCUCCUCCGCACGCACACCGCCUCCUCGCCCCCCGACAUGAGCCCCUUCUUCCUGCGCCAAUAUGUCAAGGGACAUGCUGCCGAUGUGUUUGAAGCCUACUCCCAGCUUUUGACUGAAAUGGUGCUCCGGCUGCCGUAUCAGAUCAAGAAGAUUGCCGACACCAACCCACGAAUCCCACCUCCUGUGUUUGAUCACUCCUGGUUCUACUUUCUCUCUGAGUAUCUGAUGAUCCAGCAGACGCCGUUCGUCAGGAGGCAGGUCAGAAAGCUGCUGCUGUUCAUCUGCGGAUCCAAGGAGAAGUAUCGUCAGCUGCGGGAUCUCCACACACUCGAUUCGCAUGUGCGCAGCAUCAAAAAGCUUCUCGAGGAGCAGGGCAUCUUCCUCAGAGCUGGCGUGGUCACUGCCACAUCUGGCUCAGCGCUGCAGUAUGACACACUCAUCAAUCUGAUGGAGCAUCUGAAAGCUUGUGCUGAGAUUGCCACUCAGCGGACAAUCAACUGGCAGAAAUUCUGCAUGAAGGACGAUUCCGUCUUGUAUUUCCUGCUCCAAGUCAGCUUCCUGGUGGAUGAAGGCGUUUCCCCAGUUCUCCUGCAGCUUCUCUCCUGUGCGUUGUGUGGCAGCAAGGUGGUGGCCAGCUCUUCCUCCUCCUCUUCAACAUUCUCAGGAGGUGGUUCUAGUAGCACUGGACAGACAGGAACCUCUCAGUCCUCUCAGAGCAAAUCCUCCAGUAAAAAGAGCAAAAAAGAAGACAAAGAGAAAGACAAAGAUGGGGAUGGAGUUGGCAGCCAGGAGGAUCAGCUGUGUAUGGCGCUGGUCAGUCAGCUCAACAAGUUUGCUGACCAAGAAACACUCAUCCAGUUCUUGCGCUGCUUCUUGCUCGAGUCAAACUCAUCUGCUGUGCGCUGGCAAGCCCACUGCCUGGCACUACAUAUCUACAGGAACUCAAGUAAAUCUCAACAGGAGCUGCUGCUCGAACUGACUUGGGACAUUUGGCCAGUGCUUCCUGCGUACGGCCGCAAAGCUGCUCAGUUUGUCGACCUCCUCGGAUACUUCUCACUAAAAACCCCUCAAACCGAGAAGAAGUUGAAGGAGUACUCUCAAAAAGCAGUGGAAAUCCUGAGAGCACAGAAUCAUAUCCUGACAAAUCAUCCCAACUCCAACAUCUACAACACUCUCUCUGGAUUAGUGGAGUUUGAUGGCUUCUAUCUGGAGAGUGAUCCCUGCUUGGUCUGUAACAAUCCAGAGGUUCCCUUUUCGAACAUAAAGCUGUCCUCCAUCAAAGUGGACACCCGCUACACCACCACCCAGCAGGUGGUGAAGCUCAUUGGCAGCCACACCAUCAGCAAGGUCACAGUGAAAAUCGGUGACCUCAAACGCACCAAAAUGGUCCGCACCAUCAAUCUCUACUACAACAACAGGACCGUACAGGCAAUCGUGGAGCUGAAGAACAAGCCAGCACGUUGGCACAAAGCCAAGAAAGUGCAGCUAACCCCAGGGCAAACGGAGGUGAAGAUUGACCUUCCCCUACCAAUCGUCGCUUCCAACCUGAUGAUUGAGUUCUCAGAUUUUUACGAGAACUACCAGGCCUCCACAGAAACCCUGCAGUGUCCCCGCUGCAGUGCCUCUGUGCCUGCCAACCCCGGGGUGUGUGGAAACUGUGGCGAGAAUGUCUAUCAGUGCCACAAAUGCAGGUCGAUCAACUAUGAUGAAAAAGAUCCCUUCCUAUGUAAUGCCUGUGGUUUCUGCAAAUAUGCCCGGUUUGACUUCAUGCUGUAUGCUAAACCGUGCUGUGCUGUGGAUCCCAUCGAGAAUGAGGAAGACCGGAAGAAGGCUGUGACCAACAUCAACACCCUGCUGGACAAAGCUGACCGAGUCUACCACCAGCUGAUGGGCCACCGGCCGCAGCUGGAAAGCCUGCUGUCUAAAGUCAACGAGGCGGCACCGGAGAAGCCUCAGGAUGACACCGGAGCAGGUGCAGGACUGGGGACGUCCUCCGCCAAUGUGAACAGAUACAUCCAGCAGCUGGCUCAAGAGUACAGCGGAGACUGCAAGACGUCUUUUGAUGAACUCUCCAAGAUAAUACAGAAAGUGCUUGCAUCUCGCAAAGAGCUGCUGGAGUACGAUCUUCAGCAGAGAGAAGCCGCCACCAAGUCGUCCCGGAGCAGCAGCAGCCACCAGCCCACCUUCACAGCCAGCCAGUACCGCGCCCUGUCCGUGCUGGGCUGCGGCCACACCUCUUCAACCAAGUGUUACGGCUGCGCCUCGGCCGUCACGGGCCACUGCAUCACGCUGCUCCGCGCCCUGGCCACCAACCCCGCCCUCAGGCAGAUCCUGGUCCUCCAGGGUCUCAUCCGCGAGCUGUUUGAGUACAACCUGCGGCGAGGUACAGCAGCCAUGAGGGAGGAGGUGCGGCAGUUAGUCUGCCUUCUCACCAGAGAUCACCCAGAAGCCACACAGCAGAUGAAUGACCUGAUCAUUGCCAAGGUUUCCGCUGCCCUCAAAGGUCACUGGGCUAAUCCUGACCUGGUGAGCAAUUUGCAGUACGAGAUGCUGCUGCUGACUGACUCCAUUUCAAAAGAAGGAGGAUGCUGGGAGUUACGAUUGCGCUGCGCUCUGAGCCUGUUCCUGAUGUCGGUGAACAUUAAGACGCCUGUAGUGGUGGAGAACAUCACUCUCAUGUGCCUGAGAAUCCUGCAGAAGCUGAUUAAGCCUCCUGCCCCCACAAGCAAAAAGAACAAGGAUGCUGCUAUUGAGUCGCUCACUACAGUCAGGCCCUACAGUAACGAAAUCCAUGCCCAGGCCCAACUCUGGCUCAAGAAGGAUCCCAAAGCGUCUUAUGAAGCCUGGAAAAAGUGUCUCCCAGCAAGAUGCCAGGAGACGGUGUCGAAACCUCAGAGUAAGGCUGAGCUGCGGAAGCAGUAUCUGCUGGAGAAGUAUGUGUGGAAGUGGAAGCAGUUCAUGAGGUCCAGGAAAGGUGAAGGCCUGUUCCCCCGCCUGCUCAAACUGAGCCACGACAACUGGCUGCGACAGGUUCUCUUCACUCCUGCCACCCAGGCGGCCAGACAGGCCGCUUGCACCAUCGUGGAGGCUCUCACCACCAUCCCCAGCCGCAAGCAGCAGGUGCUGAACCUUCUCACCAGUUACCUGGAUGAGUUGAGUGUGGCUGGAGAGUGUGCAGUGGAGUACCUGGGCCUGUACCAGAAGCUCAUCAAGCCAACACACUGGAAGGUUUACCUGGCUGCCCGUGGAGUCCUGCCCUACAUCGGCAACCUCAUCACCACGGAAAUCGCCCAUUUGCUGGCUCUGGAAGACACCACAUUGAGCACAGAUUUGCAGCAGGGCUAUGCCCUCAAGAGCUUGACUGGACUGCUGUCCUCGUUCGUGGAGGUGGAAUCCAUUAAGCGCCACUUCAAGAGCAGGCUGGUCGGCACGGUGCUCAACGGUUACCUCUGCCUGAGGAAGCUGGUGGUGCAGCGGACCAAGCUCAUCGAUGAAACUCAGGACAUGCUCCUUGAAAUGCUGGAAGACAUGACCACAGGUACUGAGUCUGAGACCAAGGCCUUCAUGGCGGUUUGCAUCGAGACGGCUAAGCGCUACAACCUGGAUGACUACAGGACUCCUGUGUUCAUCUUCGAGAGGCUGUGCAGCAUCAUUUAUCCUGAGGAGAAUGAGGUGACGGAGUUCUUCGUGACCCUGGAAAAGGACCCUCAGCAGGAGGACUUCCUGCAGGGCCGCAUGCCAGGAAACCCGUACAGCAGCAACGAGCCGGGCAUCGGUCCUCUCAUGAGGGACAUCAAGAACAAGAUCUGUCAGGACUGCGACCUGGUGGCGCUGCUGGAGGAUGACAGCGGCAUGGAGCUUCUGGUCAACAACAAAAUCAUCAGUUUGGACCUGUCUGUGGCAGAGGUCUACAAGAAGGUGUGGUGCCCCACAAAUGAGGGUGAGCCGAUGAGAAUCAUCUAUCGGAUGAGAGGCCUGCUUGGCGAUGCCACAGAGGAGUUCAUAGAGUCGCUGGACUCCACCACAGAUGAGGAGGAGGAUGAUGAGGAAGUGUACAAGAUGGCGGGGGUGAUGGCGCGGUGCGGCGGCCUGGAGUGUAUGCUCAACCGCUUGUCUGGAAUCAAAGAUUUCAAGCAAGGGAGACAUCUGCUCACGGUUCUGCUGAAGUUGUUCAGUUACUGUGUGAAGGUGAAGAUCAACAGGCAGCAGCUUGUCAAACCAGAGAUGAACACGUUGAAUGUCAUGCUGGGAACGCUGAACCUGGCGUUGGUGGCAGAGCAGGAGAGUAAGGACAGUGGCGGUGCUUCCAUAGCGGAGCAGGUUCUCAGCAUCAUGGAGAUCAUCCUGGAUGAAGCCAACGCUGAGAUCUCAGAAGACAAGGGGAACCUUCUGCUCACUGGAGACAAAGACCAGCUGGUCAUGUUGCUGGACCAGAUCCACACUCCGUUUGUGCGCUCCAACCCCAGCGUGCUGCAGGGCCUGCUGCGCAUCAUCCCCUACCUGUCCUUCGGUGAACUGGAGAAGAUGAGGAUCUUGGUGGAACGCUUUAAACCGUGUUGCAGCUUUGACAAGUACGACGAGGAGCACAGCGCAGAAGACAAAGUGUUUUUGGACUGCUUCUGUAAAAUCGCAGCUGGAAUCAAAAACAACAGCAAUGGCCAUCAGCUGAAAGAUCUUAUUCUUCAGAAAGGAAUCACACAAAGUGCACUGGACUACAUGAAGAAACAUAUCCCCAACGCCAAAAAUCUGGAUGCAGACGUCUGGAAGAAGUUCCUCUCUCGACCGGCUCUCCCCUUCAUCCUCAGACUGCUUCGUGGUUUGGCCACGCAGCAUCCCCCCACACAGGUGCUAAUAGGUACAGAUUCAAUAACCAACUUGCACAAGCUGGAGCAGGUAUCCAGUGACGAAGGCAUCGGGACUCUGGCGGAGAACCUUCUGGAGGCUCUGAGGGAGCACAGCGACGUCAACCUGAAGAUCGACGCCGCUCGCAGGGAGACCAGGGCGGAGAAGAAGCGCAUGGCGAUGGCCAUGAGGCAGAAGGCCCUGGGAACGCUGGGCAUGACGACCAACGAGAAAGGCCAGGUGGUGACGAAGACGUCGCUGCUGAAGCAAAUGGAGGAGCUGAUCGAGGAGCCCGGCUUGACCUGCUGCAUCUGUAGAGAAGGUUACAAGUUUCAGCCUACCAAAGUCUUGGGUAUUUACACUUUCACAAAGCGCGUUUCUCUGGAGGAGUUUGAAAACAAGCCUCGCAAGCAGCAGGGCUACAGCACUGUGUCGCACUUUAACAUAGUCCACUACGACUGCCAUCUGGCAGCCGUCAGGCUGGCUCGUGGGCGGGAGGAAUGGGACAGUGCUGCUCUCCAGAACGCCAACACCAAGUGCAAUGGACUGCUUCCUGUGUGGGGGCCGCACGUGCCAGAAUCGGCCUUCGCUACGUGUUUAGCAAGGCACAACACAUAUCUUCAGGAGUGCACCGGCCAGCGGGAGCCCACCUACCAACUCAACAUCCACGACACCAAACUGCUGUUCCUGCGCUUCGCCACCGAGCAGUCGUUCAGCGUGGACACGGGAGGCGGAGGCCGCGAGAGCAACAUCCACCUCAUUCCCUACAUCAUCCACACUGUGCUCUACGUCCUCAACACUACAAGGGCUACGUCCCGGGAGGAGAAGAAUCUGCAGAGUUUCCAGGAGCAGCCCUCUGAAAAGUGGGUCGAGAGUUCGUACGACGUGGAAGGGCCGCACUACUUCACCAUCCUGGCCAUGCACAUCAUGCCCCCCGAGCGGUGGAGGGUUUCCCGCCUCCACUUCCUCCGCAGGCUGCUGGUCACCACGCACACCCGCAAGGUCUCUCCAAGCUCCACGAACAAGCUCACAGACAAAGCACCAAAGGAAUAUGCAGUGUAUCGCUCACCUCUUCUCUUCUGGGGCCUGGUGGAUCUCGUCUACGACAUGUUUAGGAAAGUCCCAACCAGCAACACAGAGGGCGGCUGGUCCUUCUCUUUGGCAGAGUAUGUCCGUCACAACGACAUGCCCAUCUACGAGGCCUCGGAGCGCGUGCUCCGGGCUUUCCAGGACGAGCUCAUGCCUGCGGAGUCGCUGUCGGAGUUCUUCGAUGUUGUUGGCCUCCUGUCUGAAAUCCCAGACCCGGACCUUUUCCUGCAGGACUUGUUGAACUCUUUGCCCUGAUGGCCACCCUCAAACCACACCCCCUCCAAACAAAACCCCACAGCCCUGCGAAUACCGGCGGGACACCCACCAACCCAGUCAGAUUUACUCUUUUUACACACUGAUGCACACACCAGUCCCCACAGAGAGUCGCACCAUGCUUCCUCCUCUGCCUCCACCCCCACUCCACAUCUUAAAAUUAACCUUUAGCAGAAACUACGUGUAAUCUACGAGCGAUCAUGCACUCUGAACCCUCUGCAACGCUGAAACAGAAUUCACGCUCUGCUCCUCGGACCCGGUCGGUCCAGGACGUCGGGGACCCGGCCGACGGUUCGGCGUUGAAAAGCUUCCCGUCAUCCACCUUUGAGAAGGCGUCUGCCGGAUGGAGGAGGAACUGGUGAAUUCUGUUCUGCUGUGUGACACAUUUGGCUUUAAACCGCGGCGCCCCCCGUCGGGCGCGUUGUUCAGAUAACUGAAAUGUUUUGGGAUUUGACCCAGCACGUGUUACAAGUGGCAUUUGAUUUUAUCCUGUUUUGUUUUGUUUAGUUUUUUUUUUUUCCUCCUUUCUGUUCUUCGUUUGCUUUGAGUUUGUUUUUGUUCCUUUUGGUCUUUUUUUUUUUUUUUCUUCUUUUUUUAAUGGCAGACGGUUUCAGUGUCACGUUUCGUUUUUUCCAAGCUUUUCGAUGUUUGGUCUCAGCGUAGGUUGUAACUGGAAUUUGAGUGACGGGCCGCGACUAAACCAGGUUUAGCGUGUUGCAUUCUUUUAUUGACCUCUGAGGCUCCGUGGAGGAAGGUUUUCUUUUAUUUUCUUCCAUACAGCUCUGCCUUGGUGAUGAAGUACACUUUGAACUUGUGAAAGAUUCCAUCUGUUUCAAUGGAAUAUCAGACUUGUCUAAAUUAAUAAUAAAACAGACCUACCAUAUAUGCUUAAAUACCUUUUUUUUUUUGUUUUUUUUUUUCUUUUGUUUUUUCUUGGAUUAAUGAUUUGGUCCUCUGGUUUUUUUCCUCCCUUUCUCAGCUGUUUCCUUCAUUCUCGGGCCUUUCUGCACUCUGACUUGGGUUUCAGCAGACAAGCUUGUCUCAGUUCCCGGAACGGAUUUCUAGAAAAGUGUCGCUGAGUUUUAAUUUUCUCAGCCUUGGAUCCACUUAACAUCACAUUAAAGAAAAAAAAAAAAAAAAGAAAAGAAACUGAACAGCGUCCCUGACUGUUCUCCAGUGCUGAAUGCAUGGUGUGGGCUUCACCCAGCUUCUUGUUAAUUCGCCUCUUCCCGCUGCUACAUUGUCUAACUGUUGCUGAAUGUCUGCUUUUGAACUUAGCCUCUGAUUAAUAAAGCCGUAAUAAUUACAAAUGUGA